GUUGCCUCUAUAAAAACAAUUCCUUUUGGAGAGUGCCUUACAAUAAUUUUAUUUACAUGCUGGAGAACUAUAAUUAUAUACUGACUGAGUGAAUACUCCCUGCUGCUUCUAUACUACUAUCUGCGCUCUGCAAUAAAAUGUUGGAAGGACUAGCAAGAAAGAUUGGAUUGGUCCUGGCUGUAGUCACUGCUGUCCCAUGGCUGCUCUUUGUGAUUGGAUUCGGAUUGUCCGCCCCGAAUUUGUCAGGAGUACCUGCUGCAGCUGGCUCUGUGCUCUUCCCCCAUUUUAUCAUCUCCCUGCUGGGUAUUCCAACCAUUGUGCUGGGAGUGCUUCAUGCUCUUGGUGUAUCAGAAUCUGCGGCCAAGAUUAUCGGGACCAUUACAACAUUUUUCAGCGUCCUGUUUCUUCUCUGUCUGGGAAUGAUCUUAUACAUCAAUGGGAUAGGAUUACUUUCCAUCAGAUCUGGUUUUGUGAGCCAUUCUCUGAACCUCCAGUUUGCUGGUGCACUACUAGCCACACUGUCAUGGACUGGUGUGAUGAUGACAUGGAACUUUUAUCAUGACGUGCCCGGGGCCAGUAACUAACUAACAGUACAUGCAAAGAAAGGACUUGCAUGCAGACUAUAGAUAUAGCUAUAAUAAUUAUAUGAAACUCAACAAAACAUUACUACUCUAUAUUGCUGCAUGCAUGAUCAUGUGACUUGCAGCUAUAAUGAGAUUUAUCGAAUAAUGCAUAA